GGUACCCUAAUAUAUCCUGUGAGAUCCUGACUGCUGAUGUGACACAGGUUAAUGAUGCACUGGGUGAGGAUGAGUCGCUGCUGAGCCGUCUGUAUGCCUUCCUGCAAAAUGACAGUGUACUUAACCCUUUGUUGGCAAGCUUCUUCAGUAAAGUAAUGGGCAUCCUCAUUAACAGGAAGAGUGAACAGAUAGUGGAUUUUCUACGAAAGAAGGUUGAUUUUGUAAACUUAUUGUUAAAGCACAUAGGAACCUCGGCCAUUAUGGACCUCCUACUCCGGCUUCUCACGUGUGUGGAGCAGCCUCAACUCAGGCAGGAUGUGCUGAAUUGGCUGAACGAGGAGAAAAUUAUCCAGAGACUCAUCGAGAUGAUCCACCGUUCCAAAGAUGAGGAUCAACACUCUAACGCGUCUCAAUCUCUGUGUGAUAUUAUCCGGCUAAGCAGAGAACAAAUGAUUCAGAUUCAGGACAGUCCCGAACCAGACCAGUUGCUGGCCACACUUGAGAAACAGGAGACCAUUGAGCAGCUUCUUAAUAAUAUGUUUGAUGUCGAGAAGGACGAGUCGGUGAUCGUUAAUGGGAUACAGGUACUGCUAACACUGUUGGAGACACGUAGGCCUAGGUCUGAUCUGGGUGGUAUGGGUGGCCUUUUCUGUAACCUUGAUGGCCAGUUGGAUCUGUGCCCCCCUGGAAUGGACCAUGCCUGCAGUCAGGUCAGCGCUGGGACACUACUCGCCAUCAAAUUAAGACUGCGGGAUUUCCACCAACUCCUCCUCGACCCACCAAAGAAGGGUAAAAUGGUGACUACCUGGGGUACCCUGGACCCACCCUUAGGGAACACACGGGUUCACGUUGUCAAACUCAUCACCAGUGUCUUGCAAGUGAACAAUAGUGAAGUGAACCAAGAGUUGAUGGAGUUGAACACGCUGGAUGUUCUUCUUGAUCUCUACUUCAAGUAUGUGUGGAAUAAUUUCCUCCAUUUGCAAGUGGAGCUGUGUAUUAGCACAGCAUUGGGGAACCCUCCAGCCGAAGAUUGCACUGAAACCAAUGCGGAAAAUCACACCGAAAACAGCACCGAAUCCCGCCGUGAGAAUCCACUCAUCAAGCAUCUGUUCCAGAAGUGCCGGUUGUUGCACCGAGUGGUGUCAGCCUGGGAAGAAAAUGAAAGAGUGCAGUCGGAAGGUGGCAGGCGGAAAGGCUACAUGGGCCAUUUAACAAGAAUAGCAAACGCCAUGGCACAAAACUCGGAAAACGGUCCUAACCACACUUCAAUAGCACAGAUGAUCAAAGAACUGCCAGAUGAAGAGAGGGAGCGAUGGGACAAGUUUGUUCUAGGAUCACUCUCUGAAAUGAACAAGAAAAAUACUGUUGAUCUGGUAAAUAUGCGGAACCUGCACUCCUCAAGUGAUGAUGAUGAGAAUGAUCUAAAGGAGUUCAGCUUCCCGCAGGAGGCUGUUCUACAGCAGGCAUUCUCAGACUACCAGAUCCAACAAAUGACUUCAACAUUCAUCGAUCAGUUUGGCUUUAAUGAUGAGGAAUUUGCUGAGCAGGAGGAAAGUGUGAAUUCCCCAUUUGAGAGAGCAGCUAACAUCAGCUUUGUUUUUGAUGCCAACAGUGACAGUCCAAACACAAAUCUGUUUGAGGAGUGUUGGAAGGAGCGAAUACGGCAGUUCAACGAUGAUGAAGGCUCAGAUGAAGAUGAUGUUUGGCAAGAAAAGGAUCUGCGUUUUGCAACAGAUGCACCACGUGUGCCACGAAGCUCUGGCAGUACAGACAGUGAAGGAAGCAGAGACUCUGAAGAGGAUGAUGAUGAGGACGGGGGACAGAGCACCAUUAAGCCUGCAGAUGAGAAGGUGGACUUGGACCCCCAUAAAGAAGCUGGUUGGACAGCAAACUUUGAUGCUGUACCUAUGGCAAAUACAGAUGCCAGUCAGAGUGUUGCAGAUGCUGGAUUUAGCGCUUGGGACAACACCGAAUCUGCUACAUCACCACCCCCAAUAGAAGGAUGGGCAGUGUUUGCCAGCUUUGCCUCCCAGGCAGGGCCCUCUGGACGUUUGCGAACAAACUCUCCUGUAUCUAUGGAAACAAAUUCUGCUCCUAUAGAUGAGCUCCAGAGUAGUGGUGAUGGACACAGCAAAACAGCAGUUGAAACAAAGGCUCCAGUCACACCAGGCAGCGAAGAGAAUGAAAAGGUGUCAGAUGCUGACGCAAAGACGCAUACAGCACCGCAUGUGGGUACAGAGAAAACAGAUAUGGCAGGCAGUGUGAUGGUUCUCAAUGGCUCCGUGCCAGAAGCCGUCCGUCCCUCUGAGAUGAAAAGUUCCGAAGCUAAAACACGCACAAGCGAGGAAGCAUCCUUAACUACCUCCGAAGUUGGACCUACAACAGGAAAUGUACAGGAAGGCUCUGAAGCUCCAAAAGCCAGUCCAGUUCCCCAAGCUUCAGAAUCUGUGCGGCAAGAACAGAGGUAACACCGCGGAGAACGACAAGGAAAGUGCUUCUCGGUGCAUCCCUGAAUGGAAACCCCCUCCUCUCCUCCUCUUCCUCCUCCUCCCGGAUUGUCCCAGUCUGGGUACGGGAGCUGGUCUCUUCACUCUCUGCUGAUUGGUGGGGCAUUGCCGUGAAAGCCAUCAAGACUUCACCUUCCCGGGGGCAAAUCUCUGGGCUGCACUGAUUUGACAAAGAUUGAGGGGGUGGGUGGGAGGGAGGGAGGGCGGGUGGCAUGGAGAGGGAGGGAGGGAGGGAUGAGGCUUAUUAUAAACCAGCAAUACAAUAUGUGUAACUCAGCUCAUGGAAUCCAAGGAGAUGUUUCUUUGCAACGAAAGGUGCACAGGUGAAGCAGCGUGCUCCAGUGCUGCACCCAUUAUAACAAAGGCAAGUUUGAAAAGAGGGGAUAUGUUCUCUCUCUAAUAUUGGAUGGGGAGGGGGGAUGGGCCGCAAGGUGGGCAGUGAAAUUAAAUAUUUUUCUUUUGAACUUAUCUUGCAUGGCAAAGAUGAGCUCUUGGUGUAGAGAUCUUGUGGAUUUCAACAUAUCCACGCCUCAACUGCUUCUCCUUCCCACCACCCCCCGCCCCUACUCCCAACAAAUCACCACAAAAACACACAAUUUCAUAAAUGAAAACUAUGCUGAGAAUCAGACAACAGUUUUUACACCUUUUUUUCAAAUCCAAGUCUGACCCAGAUUAAUGGGGGAGUUAGGGAUCUCUGUAAUCAGUUAAGGGCACCAAAGGUACACAAAACUGGUUGGGUCUCAAUUUAAUGAUUAAUGGGAUUUCUUUUCUUUCGUUCUUUGGUUCAUUGAGACAUGUGGCCAGACGGUUGGUCUCCAUAAGCCACAAAGCACCCCAGCUCUUUUAUUUACAGUCAGAGGGGUCUGUUGGGACAAUUGGCAUGAAAUGCUGGACAGAUUUUUCAUUUUCUCGAACUUUCGCGGAAUGUAACAGAAUGGACAGAAUUGCACUUGCAAAAGGUGACCAUAUACAGACGACUUAAUCUUGCCAUAAUGUACAUUUUCUGUAAAGUCAGUAAAACUAAAAUGGGGGAGCUCAGCCCCUCCCAAAAAAAGUCACUUUCUGUAUGUGCUACACAAUAAGCUUUUGAAUUCAGUCAGCAAAACGAUUGCAGUUAAAACCUCAGUAUACACGCAGUGUCAUCAGGAUUUCUUGCCUUGCAAACUCAGAACCCGCUGCUUGUAGAAGUUUCCAGCUGUCUUUGUGUGGAUAAGAGUGUGACGCUAAACCAAGAUGUUUCUCUGCCCAUUUUGUACAGUGAGCAUUGCAAUGACAUCAGUUCAGGAGUCAUCCUUAAGUUGAAUUUGAGACAGUUUGAUUUGGCUGUGUGACUGUUUUCUUUUCCUUCCUUCUGUUCGCUUGAAGCUCUUCCAACUCCUGUUACAUUUGAAGAGCGAAGACGAGGAGCAAUAAAAGCUGCUGACAUCCUGUGCUGCUCCACCACACUUUCUAUGGGAGAGAAGCGGGUGGCUAUUAAUGCUCGGCAUUUAUCUGUCGAGUGAGCUGUAAUCUCCCCACUGUAAUGAGGGUGGGGGUUCUGGAGUAGGACUGUAAAUAACACUGGCAUGGACCACUGUAAAACUUUGUUCUUGGACCGACAUGGAAAUACAUCAGCAAGUAACGGCAGGUGCAAACACCUUGAAACCCAGCCCCAAAGUAGUUGUGAUCAAGAUGAAUGGUUCACUUUCCUUUUGAAAACCGCUUCACACUAUUGGCAACCAGUUUCUUUCUCAUGCAACUGUUUCAAAGCCUUUGGGGUCUUUGAUGCCAUGAGCUGAUCAGUGUUAAAUAUUAAAUGGUGAGUUAUCUAUAUUUUCAUAUGGAGAAAAAAGAAACUUUUUUUGUGCAAAAUGAUGUUUUAGGAAGAGAUGGGCCUACCUUCCACAGUCCAGGAUUGGCUGGAUUCCAAAAAAAAAUCUGAAGACGGAAUGGCAGGGCGUCUUUCCAGACGGCCCCAGACAUGUUUGAGGGGGCAGGGGGUUGGCAAAUUCCAGUCCCAUUCUCUGCUCAUUGUGCCACUCAGAAUUGAUCACUACUGUGGGUGGGUACUUGAACUUCUUGGGUACACCCAUCAAGUUUUGUUAGCACUUGGGCAGGGCAGCAUGGGUAGAUGCUACACAUGUUCAUCUGUCCUCCUGCCAACUACAGACCUUGUACCAUUAAUAAGCACAGACAGCCCAAUCCUUGGCAUCCUGAGUGGUGGGAGUAGGGAGCUGGGAAGACAUCCCACUCAAGUCAAGAGAGAGACCACCACCACCAACACCCCCCCCACCCACCCCCACCCCUCUUUGACAAUGAGAUGGUUUAUCUUGUAUCAAAUCUGCCUAAAAUCGCAUAGACCAUGGAGAAAUUACACUUGUGACCUGCAGUCAUUUCGACUGCAGGCAACGCAUGAACCAUUGCCCACUCUCACUGCAAGGAUGCAUCAGCAGCUUGUGUUCUGUUGUAGGUGAGCAGUGAGAGUUGAUGAGGAAAGCAUGUCUGUUGGAAGCAAGCAGCUAAAGUAACUUAAGUUCGCUUAUCUAGUUGGUCAUCCUGGUACCCCACCCAAAAGAUACUGUAGCCCAGCAGCUCUGCACUGAUCUUGGGCAGUGGUGGAUUUAGUAGCAUUUAUUGCAAAUGACUCUGAAAGAGUAGGUCUCUUCUCUGAUGCAACAUUGCUUUAGAAUAUCCUCUCGAUUACUUUUGAGGCUUGUAUAUGAGGAUACCUAAGGCCAGUAAUAUGAGGAUAUUUUUGGUGUUCUUUUAUUGGAAUGUGCUCACGAAAUGGCAUUCUUGAGUUUCACAUUGACAUGUAGGUGACUGUUUGUUUGAAACUCCCAUGGAGCAGGGUGUAUGUGGUCUGCUGCAGAGAUUGAGAGAGCAAAUACAACUUAAGCAGCCAGCAUCUCUGCCCAAAGAAGAAAAUGCAUUAAAUUUUCUGUUCUUGAACCUAGGUGUGAUUUGUCUGAAGCAGUACAUACCGAUGUGCCAGUUUAAUUGGCUGCCGGUAAGCCACCAGUUCUGGGAGAAUCAUUCAUUGGAAUUUUGUUGCAGCCAUUUGCUGUCCUGCUGUAAAACUCCAUUCCUUCCACAAGAGGCAGUCAGAGAGCUAUGUGCAUGGUAUAGUGACAGCAAUCAGCUCAUCAGCCAUUUACUAAUGGUUCAUUUGAUGUAUUGUCUUAAGCCAGCUCCGCUGUCACUACUGCCAGCAUCACCAAUCUAAUCUGACUCUCCUGUCUAAAAGCCAAAAAUAAAACACUUUGGAGUAGUAUUUUUCUGUUUUGAGACCGUUUUCUUAACCUGCUUUACCUCACAUGAUAAAGGCGAAGGAGACAAAUAACAGUCGUGUAACGGAUAACGGGUACCAGGUUGUAACUUAGCAAAGGGAUUUCAAUUGAUGCUUUAAAGCCAUGAGAGUGAAUCUUCAACAGUCCGAAUCCCCAAAGUGACGUUGCUGCCUAGAAAUCCCUCCAUUUCUCUAAGUAAUCUAUUUAUACAAAUUCUAAUGUUUGAUCCCUGACUUGUGCUGUUAACUGAGUUCAGUGAGAGCAGCAGAAGGGAUACUUCAAAGUAGAAAGUUCUAACCAGGGUUUCUGGAAGGUCCACUCUUAAUUUUUUUUUCUUCCACCUUUUUUGAGAGUAGGACAUUUUUAGUCAAGGGGAUCUCUGUUUUUGACCUCAAAGAACAGUUGUAAUUUUUGUAGGAUCACUGAUAAAGUUCAGCCACUUGAAAGGAAUUCAGUGCCAUGUGCGCAUGGGCACUGGAUCAUAACACACAAGUCAGCAUCUGUAAUCAGUUCCCAUGCAAACAAUUUUGAAAUCCAGCCAAAAAUGGGUUGAAGUGAGGGGAAAUCCCGUCUCUGUUAAGAUUAUUGAUGUUUGAAGUGUGCGGCAAAUCGUAAUAAAAUAUAAAACCAGAGCAGGUGUCUGUCUGGCUGAUUACUGUUCCCUUUGGUAACAAACACUGAAACAAAAAGGAGAUUCUGAGGAGAGAGAGAAAAAAGAUCUAUUAAAGCAAUUUUUUUGUUGUAAAAGUAAACGUAUAUUCUAGGAGAAAUGUUAUUGUUUAUAUACCAGAAUUGUACAGACUUGAACACGUUAGUAGGGCUGUACAAACCUGACUGUUGUAAUAAAAUAUUCUAUCAAUUUCAAA